GCAGCUGAUGCCUGCCGCCCGGCUGGACGCGUACAGAGAGGAAUAAAAAGCGAGGCCACGCGGAGCUCCGGUGAAUCCGGAUCACGGCGCCCGGGAAGGCGAAGCGCAUCCACCCGGGAAGAAGAGGCACCGGAGCCUUUCCAGAAGACCUCUGUUGCAUCUGCUCUGUCCCCACCGGACGAACUUCAGGGGAUGGAGUUUCAUAACACGGCAUCUAACUGAAGCUGAGCAGAACUCCACAGACCGACAGUCCGUCCACUUCACCCACCUUUGGGCCUCCACAGGUGGCUGCGAGUCUGAAACAUGACCACCAUGCAGAAGCUGCUGCUGCAGCUGCCGGUGAACGCAGCGAACAUGGUGAAGUCGGUGCAGAGUCAGGUCCAGGGCACUGAGGAGGACAAGAGCCCCGUGCAGCCCGACGGCGUGCAGCAGGCCUGGUACAGCGCGCUGCAGCCCGACGAGCUGCGCCACCUCCGAUCCGGAGGAACGGGAGGAGGAGGAGGUGGGGGAGGAGGAGGAGACCACGAGGAACGAGCACCACUGGACGACGGCGGUGGAGGUGGCGGAGGUUUCCAAACACAACCUUUGCGACACGAUGACUUGAAGGAGAUGCUGGACAGCAACAAGGACUCCCUGAAGCUGGAGGCGAUGAAGCGGAUCGUGGCGAUGAUCGCCCGAGGUAAAAACGCAUCAGAUCUCUUCCCUGCUGUGGUGAAAAACGUCGCCUGCAAAAACAUCGAGGUGAAGAAGCUCGUCUACGUUUACUUGGUGCGUUAUGCCGAGGAGCAGCAGGACCUCGCUCUGCUCUCCAUUUCCACCUUUCAGCGAGGGUUGAAGGAUCCCAACCAGCUGAUCAGAGCCAGCGCGCUGCGAGUCCUCUCCAGCAUCCGAGUCACCAUCAUCGUCCCCAUAAUGAUGUUGGCCAUCAAAGAGGCCGCCUCGGAUAUGUCUCCGUACGUCAGGAAGACGGCUGCACACGCAAUCCCUAAACUCUACAGUUUGGAUCCAGAGCAGAAGGACCAGCUUAUCGAAGUCAUAGAGAAAUUGCUCGCUGACAAAACCACGUUGGUGGCGGGCAGCGUCGUCAUGGCUUUCGAGGAAGUGUGUCCUGAGCGCAUCGACCUGAUCCACAAGAACUACAGGAAGUUGUGCAACCUGCUCAUCGACGUGGAGGAGUGGGGGCAGGUGGUCAUCAUAAACAUGCUGACCCGCUACGCCAGGACCCAGUUCCUCAACCCAAACAUGAACGAGUCGCUGCUGGAGGAGGGAAGCGACAAGACCUUCUAUGGCUCAGAUGAAGACGAGGACGAGGAGGAAGAAGAGAAAGAAAAGAAGGCCGAGGCUCCCAUGGCUAAGAGGAAGCCGUACGUGAUGGAUCCGGACCAUCGGCUGCUGCUGAGGAACACCAAACCGCUCCUGCAGAGCCGCAACGCAGCUGUGGUGAUGGCUGUGGCUCAGCUCUAUUUCCAUCUUGCCCCUAAAGUGGAGGUUGGGGUGAUUGCCAAGGCCCUGGUCCGUCUCCUGAGGAGCCACAGUGAAGUCCAGUACGUCGUUCUCCAGAAUGUGGCGACCAUGUCGAUCAAGAGGAGGGGAAUGUUUGAGCCGUACCUGAAGAGUUUCUACAUCCGCUCCACGGACCCAACACAGAUUAAAGUCCUUAAGCUGGAGGUUCUCACCAAUCUGGCCAACGAAACGAACAUUUCCACCAUUCUCAGAGAGUUUCAGACUUACAUCAAAAGCAUGGAUAAAGAUUUUGUGGCCGCCACGAUUCAAGCCAUCGGCCGCUGUGCCACCAACAUCGGGGAGGUGAGGGACACGUGUCUGAACGGCCUGGUGCAGCUGCUGUCCAACCGAGACGAGUUGGUGGUGGCGGAGUCGGUGGUAGUUAUUAAGAAGCUGCUGCAGAUGCAACCGGAGAAGCACAGCGACAUCAUAAAGCACAUGGCCAAGCUGACGGACAACAUCCAGGUGCCGAUGGCGCGGGCCAGUAUCCUGUGGCUGAUUGGCGAGUACUGUGAGCACGUUCCCAAGAUUGCUCCCGACGUCCUGAGGAAAAUGGCCAAGUCGUUCACCAACGAAGAGGACAUCGUCAAGCUGCAAAUCAUCAAUUUGGCCGCCAAGCUUUAUCUCACCAACUCCAAGCAGACCAAACUGUUGACGCAGUAUGUUCUCAACUUGGCCAAGUACGACCAGAACUACGACAUCCGCGAUCGGGCGCGCUUCAUUCGUCAGCUCAUCGUACCCACCGAGAAGAGCGGCGCUCUGAGCAAGUACGCUAAGAAGCUGUUCCUCGCCCUCAAACCCGCGCCGGUCCUCGAGUCUCCAUUUAAAGAUCGAGACCACUUCCAGUUGGGUUCUUUGUCCCACUUGCUGAAUGCCAAGGCGGGCGGCUACCAGGAGUUGCCUGACUGGCCUGAAGCCGCCCCAGAUCCCUCCGUGCGCAACGUGGAGGUUUUUGCGCUGCUCGAAAGAGUCACAACAUUAACGAGUGUGCCCGAGUGGACCAAAUGCAGCAGCCGAGAGAAGAGGAAGGAGAAGAGGGUGGAGAAGCCGUUCUACUCGGACUCGGAGGGCGAGUCCGGGCCGACGGAGUCCGCGGACAGUGAGUCGGACUCGGCCAGCGGGUCGGAGAUGGGCAGCGGACUGGAGGAGAGCGGGUCGGGGUCAGAGAGCGAAGGGAGCGAGGAAGGCUCCGAGUCUGAGGAAGAGGAGGAAGAGGACGAAAAGGACAAGAAGAAGAUAAAGAAAGAUUUAAAGAAGCCAGUGAAAGAAAGCGAAAGCGAGCAAAGCAGUGAGGAAGAGGAGAGGAAACACCAGAGGAAGAGCGACCAGCAGAAGAGCGACUCUGAGUCUGAGUCCGACGAGGAGAGCGACUCCGAAAGCAGCCAAUCGGAGUCCGACGACUCGGAUUCAGAGGCUGACGUCAAAAAGAAGAAAAAGGCAGCUGAAUCCAAACCUCCUCCCAAGCCCGUCAAGAAGGACACCAAGAAAGAGAAGAAAGAAAUGUCUCUGCUCGACCUGGACGACUUCGAACCCGCUGCGUCUCCUCAAGUCACGCCGGUCAACAGCUUCCUGUCCAACAGCCUGGUGACCGACCUGGAGGGACUGUCUUUGUCUGACGCCGUCCUCUCUCCGGCUAACAUCUCUCCCUGCAGUGCACUGAAGAGCUACGAGCUGCUGCACCGCAUCCGAGGGGAGGGCCUGUCGGUGGAGUACUGCUUCAGCCGGCAGCCCUUCAGCCCCGACGGCAACAUGGUGGCCGUGCAGAUGCAGUUCACCAACAACGCCACCUCGGAGGCCAAGAACCUGCACAUGGAGGACGUGAAGCUGCAGUCCGGCAUGAGGGUCAAAGAGUUUCCAGAGAUCGAGCUGCUGCCGGCGGGCGAGACGGCCACGGCCGUGAUGGGCAUCGAUUUCUGCGACUCGACGCAAGCGGCGAACUUCCAGCUCUGCACUCACACCAGGAAAUUCUUCGUUUCCAUUCAGCCGCCGGUCGGGGAGCUGAUGAGGCCCGUCUUCCUGACAGAAAAUGAGUUCAAAAAGGAGCAAGGUCAGCUGAUGGGAAUGAACGAGAUCACGGAGAAGCUCACCCUGGACGCCAAGUGCCGGAACGAACACACCAUCGUCCAGAGGGUGACCACCGCCGCCAACCUCAGCAGAGUGCCGUGCGGCUCAGAUAAGGAGUGCAGGUUUGCGGGCCGGACGGUGACCAGCGGCAGCCUGGUGUUGGCUACCGUGGCAACCAAAGAGGGAGGAGCCGCCCAGCUGACGGUCAACUGUGAGAAAAUGGUGAUCGGCACCAUGCUGGUGAAGGACGUCCUCCUGGCUCUGACGCAGUGACCUGUGACCUUUUGCCCUCUGCCUCCCUCCCCUUAGCGCCCCUGUCAAAUAUCGCCCAUCACGCGUGUAGCAUCUCCUCCGUUAUCCUGUUACCAGCGUCGCCGUGGAGAUUUCCAGGACUCCACUUUGUGGUUUUGUUACUUUGAGAAAUGGCUCCUGGACGUACGUGAUAUUAAUGACAAUCAGACAUGAGACAAAAUCCUUCUCUUCCUUCUGAAGCCCCCCGUGUCGUUAUCCAAAAAUAUUUAUUUUGUAACUUAUUUUACUGCCACGAGGAGCCAAUUGGAUUCAUUUUACUCAAUUUCUGGGUCAACUUUAAAAAAAUAAAUUAUUGAGCGGAACAGUUGAGUAAAACUCACGAGUCGGCUUACGUGAUGUUUUCUGAGCUUUCCACCACAUCUUGUGGUCUUCUCAGCAUUUGUAGCAGCGAGCUCGUCAUGAAAUGAGACCGGAUGAAGGAAGGCGAGUUAAACCUCUUAAGACACGUGCGGAUUUUUCCAACAUUGCACACUUGUCUAAAAUUGUGAUAGAUAAAUUAAGGGACGAGGACUUGUAGAUUGUUAGAGGGUAGGAACUAAUAAUCUAUGUGGUCGUAUAGGUCGGGGCAUUAAGAUUAUUAAGAAAUUAAAAGAAGAUAAAACAGGAGAAUAAAAAUUCUCUCACAUGUGGAUGCCCAAAUCUGUCACACAUGUUAUUAGCAAUCAGACUCAUUCAAAAUGUAGAUAUUAUAAAUAAUGGUUCAUAUUCUUUAGGAACAAAUUCUCCACGGACACGUUCAACCACAAUAAAACGCAAGAUCGGCUUAAUCUAUUCGCGUCCAGUUAUUUGAAGUCAUUGCUUGAAUGUAGAAGGCUCCUCCGAGACAACGACUACCAAUAACUGAGACGUUCCAUUCUGCCACAGCACACAAAAAACUGCUCCUGGGAAUAAAGACGGAUCUCCACCUCCAUUUCUGUGAUUAUAAACAUCUGCCUCGCUGUCAUAGUGCACUUGUUCAUUACAAUAAGUGAAGUAUUUAGAAGAACUGAAGAUGUAUAAAUAUUGUUUAUGUAUUGCAACAUGUAAUACAGUACUACUGUAGGUAAACUGUGUGUGUGUGUGUGAGAGAGAGAUAAAGUGUGAGUGUGAUGACACUGAACAUUUAAUUUUCUCUUUUCUAAAAGACUCAAACACUUGACUUGAAAUGCUCGUGAAGAUUAUAAUGAUAAACACUAUCGGUCGAAUGCUGCAAGCUGAGCGUUUUAAUUAAUGAGAAUAAAUAACGACCUAUUGAUCAUAUCGGUGUUACCUUGAUGGCAUUUGUCAGGCGACUUUUAUUCAUGUUUUCAGGUCAGAGGUCAUGUGGCUUUUAUUUUGUCAUGGGCCCUUAUGUGCAGCAGCUGCAUGUUUCUCAUCUUUUAAGAAAAAUAUCUGUAUGUAUUUAUUCAUCCUUUUACUGUUGGAAUGUGGGUUUUACCAAAGGACAGUCUAACUUCCGUCCUUGGGGACUCUUAUUUUGGCUUGUUUACCAUCAGACCACUGAGACCUGCUUUUUGCAUCAGCUAGGAUGCAGAGUGUAAAGAGUAAGAAUGAUGCUUCUAAUGUAAAGAUAUAAGAGAAGGCUUUCACAGGAAAUUAUUACUUCCAUGUCUUGCAUUUUUAUUUUUACCUGCAUCAGCUUUCAAAUACCUAAAUUGUUUCAUUUCAACUGUGUGUGGUUGUGAAAUGUGGUCCUGAGCUAUUACAAGUUUAUCUAUUAUACAAAUUAAAAAAAAUACAGAUUCA